AUCAAUACCACGAUCAUUACCACACACAGAUGUGGGUUACAUGAGUUUGUUGAAUGUUGAGAUUUGGUAUUCCUGAUGAUUGUCUAAACAAUAAAGUCUCUAAGGAGAAAUGAAAGCAGGUCUGUCUCAGUGACACUCCACCCCCUCCCAUCAGUGACAGAAACCUGGUAGAACCGGCAACCACCAUUGGAAGACAGUGGAAAUUCUUGUUCUAGAGGUCUAGACUGAGAUGCUCCGAUGCAGAGAAAACACAGACCUGGACAUGACCUAGAUAUCUGUUUUGAUCUUAUUAUUUGGUUCUUAUGAAAGAGCAGAAACUCAAAGGGGAUUUUUCAAAACAUCUUUCUUCUGACUGGAUCCUCCAUUUGAUCCAGUUAGAACUAGAGCCACGCUUUCAUGCACGGAUCAUUUCAGGUUCUGGGAGCAGAUUUCAGAGACGUUUCUCAUGUAAACAGCAGGAAUGCCCCACCUAGUUCAACCUGAACAACCAAUCAAUGGAAGACUUAGCUUUGCUCUCACUGUGUGAUAGGUGGAUGCUGGAGAGGGGUGCCCCACCCUCAUCCUCAACACAAUAAAGAAGGCGUGUCACUCCCACACGGAGUGCCUGUCAGAGGUAUAGCCGGUAAGUAGGAGUGACUCUAGAUCUACGGUCCGACAAUCCUGAAAACAAUCUCUGUCAGGCCCUUCUACCAUGGGUGUGAUGACAUCUUGCUGGUUCUGGAUAACCACCUUCAUUCUAGGACGAUUCUACCCAUCUGUCACAGGUCAGCAUGACAGGAGUUUUUCUGUUCCGGAUCACGGUCUCUGCCAGACCAUCUCUGUCCCACUCUGUGCGGACCUUGCCUACAAUCAGACCAUUAUGCCCAACCUGCUGGGACACUUGACUCAGGAGGAUGCUGGGAUGGAAGUGCACCAGUUCUACCCACUGGUUCAGGUCCAGUGCUCAGCAGACCUACGGUUCUUCCUUUGCUCCAUGUAUGUCCCAGUGUGCACAGUUCUGGCAGAGGCUAUCCCCCCGUGCAGGUCUCUGUGUGAGAGCGCUCGGCAGGGCUGUGAGGGGCUCAUGAACAAGUUUGGUUUCCAGUGGCCCAAAAAGCUUCGCUGCCAGAACUUCCCAAUUUAUGGCAUGGGGCAGAUCUGUGUGGGGCAAAACUCCAGCAACCGUUCAGAAUCAGACAACGUGGAGCUUGUGGACAUGAAAACCAUCCCGAUACCCUCCUGCCCUCUGCAGCUUCAAGUCCCCUCUCACUUCAACUACUACUUUCUGGGAGUGAAGGACUGUGGUGCCCCAUGUGAACCCUCCAAACCCAACGGAUUGAUGUAUUUUACUGAGGAGGAGUUACAGUUCAGCCGACUGUGGGUCGGAACCUGGUCGGUUCUAUGUUGCUGCAGUACAUUCUUCACUGUCCUGACCUAUCUGCGGGAUACGAGGCGAUUUCGUUACCCUGAGAGGCCGGUCAUCUUCAUGUCUGGCUGCUGCUUCAUGGUGGCAGCAGUCCACGCCAUUGGCUCUCUGCUUCAGGACAGAGCGGUGUGCUUGGACAGCUUCCAGAAAGGUGGAUACAAGGUAGUGGUCCAGGGCACCAACAUGGAGCUAUGCACCAUUCUCUUCACUGUCCUCUAUUUCUUUGGUAUGGCUGGCUCCCUGUGGUGGGUUGUCUUGUCCCUUGCGUGGUUCCUGUCCUCUGGGAUGAAGUGGGGCCAUGAGGCCAUUGAGGAACUCUCAAAGUACUUCCACCUGGCAGCCUGGGCAGUGCCGGCAGCACAGACCUUCAUCAUCCUGGCCACAGGGCAAGUGAAUGGGGACCUGCUUACUGGUAUCUGCUACGUGGGAGUCUACAGUCUGGAUGGGCUGCGAGGUUUUAUCCUGGCACCGCUGUUUGUCCAUAUGGUUGUCAGCACUGCCUUCCUUCUGUCCGGGUUUGUGUCACUGCUCCGUGUUCGUUUCAUCAUGAAGAUCAAAGGAGACAGCACAGAGAAGCUGGAGAAGCUGAUCAUCCGCCUGGGCGUGUUCAGCAUGCUGCAUGUUGUGCCAGCUGCAGUCGUCUUGUCCUGCCAUGUCUAUGAGCUGCUCAUGCGGCCUCACUGGGAGACCACAUGGCGCAGCAAAACUUGCAAGUACUUUGGUGUGCCGUGCCCAACAGAAAACAUGUGGAACGUCACACCGGACUUCACCGUGUUCUUGAUGAAGGAAUCAAUGACCAUGAUCGGAGGCCUCACGUCGGGGGUUUGGAUCUGGUCUUGGAAGACUCUGCAGUCCUGGAGCUGCUUUUCUUGAGGACUGAGCAUCAGUGAGAAUACGAGGUCAAAGGGGAAUUUGGGAGUUUAAUGGUUCUAGCAAACUGCACUGACUCACAAUGUUCUGCUGCAAUAAAGACACCUUUGAAAUGGAAUGAAGUCUGGUUCCAGGACAGAAAAAUGUUUUGAAGACAACAUAACUCCUAUCAUUUUAGCAUGUAUUUAACAUGUUUUUAUUUAAUAACCAAAGUGGGUUA